CAACUAACAGAAUUCUAACUGAAAAACUGACUCUUGCUAAGGUUAUGCCAGUCUGUUGGUCUUCAGAACUCAACUGGGACACUGAUUGGACUCUGCAGGUUUUGGACUUAGCCUCUGAAAUUGUGACCAAAAUGGAGAUGAUGCCCCAGUAUGACCUGUCCAGAAUGCCAGAAAACACAGCCCUGAAGCAGCAAACGUUGCCUGCCCACCAGCUAGAUUUAUCUGCCUCGGUGGUCCUCUCUAUCUUUUUUGCCACAGGAGGAUUCUGCCUCUGUAUGGGCAUCAUCCUUCUACUGUCUGCAAAGAGCACCAAGGAAAUCGAGAUUAAUUACACAAAUAUAUGUGCCAAUUGUGCUCAGCUACGGGAAGAUAGCUCAAAUUUUGACAAAGAAUGCACUUGCUCUGUUCCUUUUUACCUUCCGGAGAAAAUGGAGGGUGACGUUUACAUGUACUACAAAUUGUAUGGUUUCUAUCAGAACCUCUAUCGAUAUAUUUUAUCAAGAAGCAACAGUCAGCUGGUGGGGAAGGAUAUUUGGGACGUGAAGAACUGUUCUCCAUUCCAAUUGUCCCAAAACGGCACUCCCAUCAUUCCUUGUGGUGCGAUUGCCAACAGCAUAUUCAACGAUACCAUAACUCUUUCAUACAACCUCAAUUCGUCUAUAAAUAUAGAAGUCCCAAUGCUAAAGAGUGGGCUUACGUGGUGGACAGAUAAGUAUGUCAAAUUUCGGAAUCCAACAUCCAGUGAUCUUGCUAGUGCAUUUGCAGGAAGUGCAAAACCUCCGCAUUGGGCCAAACCUAUCUAUGAACUAGAUAUAGAUGACCCAGGAAACAAUGGCUUCAUCAACGAGGACCUCAUUGUAUGGAUGCGGACAGCUGCCUUUCCCACUUUCAAAAAACUGUACCGCCGACUCAACCGUGUGCACAAUUUUGUUGAGGGUUUACCUGCUGGUAACUACAGUUUCAACAUAUCCUAUAAUUUUCCAGUUACUGUGUUCCAGGGAGAAAAAUCUGUGGUUCUUUCCACCCUGACAUGGAUCGGAGGAGGUGGCCUUUUCUUGGGGCUUACUUACACAGUGACAGGGGCACUGACAUUGUUGGCCUCUUUCGCCAUCCUGGCGAUUUACUUGAUGCUGAAAAGGAAUAAAAAAAGUUUCCUGUAAGACUGAAGUCUAGGCUUGAAAAGAAGAAUAGCAGAAGGCAGAAAUGGACAACAAAGUAAAAGAACCAAAGAUCUCUGGCAAGGCUGGAAAUAUUUCUGAGCUUUCUCAACAAGGGGUUACUGGAUUGACUGAAUCAAAUAUAAUCCCAACUCUGUGGAUAAAUAAUGAGAUUCCCAGAGUGGGGUGAAGAGAAGGAGGGAGGGGGAGGAAGAGGAGGGGGAGGAAAAAUAUGUGCAGUAAGAUGUUCUUGGAAUGAAGACAAUAAAUGAUU